AAUAGUGCAUUUGAAAAGGAACCCUACUAAACCAUUCUUCCACAAUUACUUCCUUCAUUUUUUUGCUGGUGAUAUAUUAUUUGUGCGAUCGAAAAAAACAUGUUGCUGCUGCACUGCCUGGCGCUGGGCAUGAUGGCAUCGAUGGCAUCCGGAGAGCCACACGCCCGUGCCAGCGAUCUCUACUAUACGGACAUAACACCCGUGACGGAUGAUACGCGCUACACCAGCCUGAAUCCGGACACACAGCUGACCGAGAUGAACAAGGUGAAGCACUCCAAGGGCAACAUUGUCUUCACCGCAGGAGAUCGGGCAUCGGGUGAUCGACUCAUCGUGAAUCACUACGAUGGCGAGAGCUUUCCCAGUGCCAAGGAUGUGGAGGUGCUGAUGAGCUAUCCGGCCGGAACCAGCACCGGCGUCACGCUCACCAGCAUCGAGGUGUAUGUGGACAUGUCGGCGGACGAUGCCGGUGGCUAUCUGACCAAGGGUGGCAUCGGCCAGACCAACGUGGAGAUUCUACUGACCUCCAAUACGACGCGCAGCUUCGUCUACGAGACGUUCAUCUAUGGCUACUAGGCUACUAGACCACUAGCACUUUCUGCUACAAUAAACAGAUUCGCUUGGAACCCAACUGUGAUCAUGAACUCCAGACCCUGCCCCUGCCCAUCCUGCCGAGAGUAUUAUUAGCCUUAGACGUACAUUAAAGAAUUCAAAAGAUUCCAAACAGACUCCUGUGCCAAUCCUUUUACUUAACCACGUCGUUGAAGCAAUAAAGUGUUCCUUGUUAAUUGGCGAUGCU